AUGUUCAAAUUGGUGGUGUUGUCUGCUCUUUUGGCCGUUGCCAGCGCUGGUGUUUUCCAUGGUGCCGCUUACACCGUUCCAACUGCCGUAAGCCAUCAAUCCAGAACCGAUGUCUUCAGCAAACCAGUUGUAGCUGCUCCAGUCGUUGCUGCUUACACUGCUCCAGUCGUGCAGACUGUAGUCGCUGCUCCAGUAGCUUACACCGCUCCUCUGGCUUAUAACACUUAUGCUGCUUACUCCGCUCCGGUUGUUAAAACUAUUGCUGCUGCUCCAGUAGCUUACACCGCUGCUGCCACUAUCCCAACCGCCGUAAGCUAUCAAUCCAGGACCGAUGUUCAUAGCAAACCAGUCGUAGCUGCAUACUCCACCCCGGUUGUUACUGCCGCUUACACCACUCCAAUUGCCACCGCUGCUUACGCCGCACCAGUAGCUUACAAAUAUGCUGCAUCUCCAGUCGCUUACACCGGAUACGCCGGAAAGUUGGCUUAUGCCCACUAUUAA